AUGAGUUGCUUAUGUCAAGUGAAGAGAACCUUACUCGCCUACGCGGGCACACACGACCCUCUUGAAGAUGCUAUCAGACAGGCAGUUCAAGACUUUGAAGUGGAAGAAGCCGGUCAGCCUGUGGCAGUUCCUCGGUUCAUCGCCCCAGCCCGGCUUCGCGAAGGAAAAGGAAGCACCACCGGCACCAUUACCGAGCUGGAGAACACUCACGUCCUCAAUGUGGAAGCCGUACACCAGGGAGAGCUCCGUGUCCCUGUACAAGGUGUUAUCGUACCACCUUGUACCCGCGAGUCCCCUUCGAAGCUCAACCCACACGCCGUCGCCAUCAAUGUCUGUGAGAUGAAGAGGAGGAAGAGGAAGAAGAUGAAGACGAAAAGGGACAGUUGAGAAGAUCGAGAUGAUGAAGGAAAAUCAGAGGAAGAAGAA